AUGCAUCUUAUCUCAAUCUACAAUACGUGGAAUAAUUUGGAUGACAAUGUCAAAAAACACUACAAAAAUUGGCUUGAAUUGCACCCGGAUAAAGGAAAAGAUGAACAAUACUGGCAGAGUACUGAGGGUCUUCAUGGGUUAUCAAAGGAUGAUUUGAAGCGCAUUAUCGAAGGAAAAUACACCACAUCGAGUAGCCUCACGGUGUACAUCGAGGAGCAUCUGAAAAAACAGGCAAAUGCAUUCCUCAUUUCGGCCGGAUUCAUUGACAUGGAGGUCACGCGGUCCGUGAUCGAGUAUGAGCAGAAACGCCAAAACCAAGUGAAUUUCGAGAGUGGGCGAGAAAAGGAAAUGGAGGAUAUACUUUAUCAAGCACUUAUGCCUGUUUUCUGCAAGUCUCUAGUGUUCAUUCCCCUACAUCACGGGGACAGUAGUCACUAUACAUUGCUAUUGAUUGACACCAUCAACAGUUGCUUCUAUCAUAUGAACUCCAUGCGUCCGGAGGAGACAAUAUCCGAAUCCCACAACUUUCACUUCGAAAAUGCAAAGUUUGUGGUAAAGUACAUAAAUGGUAUCAUGGAACGUGUACUAGAGCGGGAAGUGGAAAUGACUGACAUGGUGAAGGAAACAAGACGUUGGAUCCUCGAUAAAAAAAUAAAUGGAUACGAACUUGUUGACAGUGUCUCUUGCCCCCAGCAAGAUAAAACAUCGACAGAUUGUGGACCUUUUAUGCUUUAUUUUAUUGAGGAAGUGAUGACUUCGACGGAGUCGUCAAAACUCACAAAAGGAGGGGAAGAUAUGAGAAGAAAGAUGCUCCACGUAUUUGCUCAUCUGAACGAUGAAGCAUAUGCUCUAAUGGGGCAGUGUGCAUUCUUCUGCUCUAGAUUGGUUGAAUCAUUGAAGGGAGGCUUUAGUUUUGUCAUUAGGGACUCACUGUGUACUCUAGUUGCUUGUGGAGCUGGUCCUUUGGCUAGUCUUAUCUCGGCAGAACAUGCCGAAUUAUUGGCAUGUUGCAAAGCAGUUGAUUUUCAUCCAUCAAUUAUAGAAACUGAUGCUAUGGAGGUUAAGAGGCAGUUAGAUGCAGCAAAUAUGCCCAAUACCUCAACUCUGGGGAGAAUGUAUGAAGACUUAUGUGAGAAGAUGGCUGAGGGAGGAACCUGGAAGGUGACCUAUGCCAAUAGAAGGAUCAAUACAGCUGCACAUUUACUUGCAGCGCAUGCCUGCUCUUGGGAGCAGGAGAAAUUUUACUUUUCAGUACCUGAUAUUAUACAAGCUGCAAUUGCAGCAGACUAUUGUAGGUUUUGA